AUGGCAUCUUCUCAUCGAAUAGCUCGGCGCUUCCUCAGCUCACUGGCCAACCCGCUAUCUUCCUCUAGACGAUCUCCCGCUCAGCUUCGUACCCGAAUCGCUACCCGUAAUGCCUCAACCUCCACAAACUCACCACCCACGUCCCGGUUAAAAACUGCAUUCUAUAUGACGUCUAUAGCUGUAUCCGGCUAUGUUGUCUACGUUUAUGGCACCGAUACUCGCGCUUUCGUCCACCGUUAUGUUGUACCCCCGCUGCUCCGCUAUCUCUACCCGGACGCCGAGGAGGCUCACGACGUUUCUGUCUCCUCUAUGAAAACGCUAUAUAACCUAGGCCUUCACCCGCGCGAGCGCUCUAGCUCAUCCAUCUCUAAUGGUCCGGAUAUUAGUGUAUCUGUCUUCGGAGAGCAACUGGCAAACCCUAUUGGUAUCUCUGCGGGCCUCGACAAGCAUGCUGAUAUCCCGGACCCGCUGUUUGCCCUUGGUGCCUCUAUCGUUGAGGUUGGUGGUUGCACGCCGCGACCACAGGAGGGUAACCCCAAACCGCGCAUGUUUAGAAUCCCUACACUAGACGGUCUGAUAAAUCGGUAUGGACUAAAUUCGCGUGGCGCUGACGAUAUGGCUAUGCGGUUACGAGAUCGGGUUAGGCUAUAUGCUAAGACAGUUGGGUUGGACGAAGCAAGUGUAUUGAACGGCGAGGCCAAUGUUCCUCCGGGUAGCCUGUUGCCUGGACGCUUGUUAUUAGUGCAGAUUGCUAAGAACAAGGAGACGGACGAACGUGACGUGGAAGCCGUGAAGCGGGACUACGUAUACUGUGUGCAACGGCUGGCACGGUACGCGGAUGUGCUUGUUGUUAACGUGAGCAGCCCGAACACGCCAGGCCUACGCGACUUGCAGGCCGUGGAACCCCUUACACGGAUCUUAAGUGCGGUAGUCGACGAGGCGCGGCGGACGGAUAGGAAACGGGCACCUAGGGUCAUGGUCAAAGUCUCGCCGGAUGAGGACGAAGAUACUCAGAUGGAAGGCAUUGCGCAGGCGGUGUGGUUGAGUGGUGUCGACGGGGUCAUCGUGGGUAAUACCACGAAGCGCCGGAAUGGACUGGUCCCAGCUGGGGUGAACAUAUCACGUAAAGAGCAAUAUACUAUGACAGAAACAGGUGGUUACUCGGGCCCGAUGAUGUUUGACCGAACUGUCGACUUGGUAAGACGGUACCGGAAAUUGCUAGACGGCCAAUCCUUCCAGCCUGCCAAGACGGGCAAGGCUUUUGCUAACGAGGCGGUUGAUGAGAGUAUAACGGGAAUUGAAGGAACUAUCACCGGAUUCUCUGAAACAGAGAAGAAAACUAGCACCAACCAGCCGCAAGAACAAAAGGUCAUAUUUGCUACGGGAGGGAUCACAAAUGGGCGGAGAGCUCUGGAGAUUUUGAAUGCUGGCGCGAGUGUUGCCAUGAUCUAUACCGGUCUUGUUUACGGAGGUGCUGGAUCCGUUACGCGCAUGAAGAGCGAGAUGAAGGAAGAGUUGGCUGCAGAAAAUAAGUCAUAA